CCCUCCUCACAAAGGCUGCUUCCAAAGGUCAAAACCCAACGCCCCGACCCCCGCCCCUCUCUCUCUCUCUUUCUCCCCUUCUCUCUCUCUCUUUAAUGGCGGCUAGGGCUCGCUAAAGAAGAGGAGUACCAGUUCUCUUUUGCGAGCCAGUCCUUCUUCUGACCCGGCCUCUCCCCUUUCUCGCCUUCUUCCCCCUUCGUAUCCUCCUUCCGACUCUAUAAUCUCCCCAUUCCCACAAAAAACCGCAUAAAAAUCCGAUCUUGGCACCCCUUCCUCCGAGAUCCGCUUUCUUGCUACAAGGAGAUACGCCGAGGAACGAGAUAACUCCGGUUUGAGCUCGUUUGGUCUGAGGUUUCCGAGCGAACGUACCGCAGUGGCUGGGGAAGAAGGGGGGGUUGGUUUGGUUGUGAGGAAUGGGGACCGCGUGGAGGCGGGCCAAGAGGGCGCUGGCGGCGAAUCUUUGCGUCUAUAUUCCGGGCAAUCUGGACGAUGACGGUGGCUCGCCGUUCGGCGGGCACGCCGCCGGAAGGUCGUCGAAUGCUGCGGCGGCGUCUUCUCCGACAUCGUCUGGCGGAGUGUCGGAUUACCGAGAACUCAUGCCGACGACGCCCACCCCCACCUCCUCCGGCCUCCGGCUUCCUAGAUCCGGUAGCAGAUCGUCAAAGCGAACAUGUGCUAUAUGUCUUGGCACCAUGAAAGCGGGUCAUGGCCAUGCACUCUUCACUGCAGAAUGCUCCCAUACGUUUCACUUUCAUUGCAUAGCAUCAAAUGUGAAGCAUGGCAACCGUGUGUGCCCAGUGUGCAGAGCCAAGUGGAAGGAGAUACCCUUCCAGGGGCCCCCAUACUCCGAGCAUCCUCAUGGAAGGGCCCGAGUAAACCCAGUUAACUGGCCCCAAGAGGAAGGCUUCAUGACUGUUGUCCGUCGGUUUUCUCGUGCAGAUUCUGCAAACCGACAGCACCACCUCACUCCUCUCUUCCAUACUUCAGAGCCAAUCUAUUUCAACGACGACGAGCCUCUUGAGCCCUCCGACGAGCCUCUUGACUUGCAGCCUGAUACGACUAGAGAUUCUCAGCAUGGUAGGAGUAAAACAGUAGAGAUCAAGACAUACCCAGAAUUCUCAGCCAUUCCUCAGUCAGCCUCCCAGGAGAACUUCACUGUCCUGAUACAUCUGAAGGCCCCACAUCCUAGCACAAACCAGGUUUCUGGCCGAAAUGUCAAUCCAAACUCAACGGCCUCACAAACCUCUCGUGCUCCUGUAGACCUUGUCACGGUGCUUGAUGUCAGUGGCAGCAUGGCUGGCACGAAGCUAGCACUUCUUAAGCGUGCCAUGGGGUUUGUUAUCCAAAACCUUGGACCCUCUGAUAGGCUUUCUGUCAUUGCCUUCUCUUCGACCGCACGCCGGCUGUUCCACCUCUGUCGGAUGUCCGACUCUGGUAAGCAGCAGGCCCUGCAAGCCGUCAAUUCUCUGGCGGCUAGUGGUGGCACUAACAUUGCUGAGGGCCUCAGGAAGGGGGCCAAGGUGAUCGAGGAGCGCAGAGAGAAGAACCCAGUCUGCAGCAUCAUUCUUCUCUCCGAUGGGCAGGACACAUAUACUGUAACCUCUAGUGCUGGUGGAACUCUGCAAGCACAGUCACACUAUGAAUCACUAGUUCCGUCCUCUAUACGUGGUGCAACCAGCCAUCAAACACCUGUUCAUUCCUUUGGUUUCGGUUCAGAUCACGACUCUUCUUCCAUGCAUUCAAUCUCAGAAAUCUCUGGUGGGACUUUUUCUUUUAUCGAGACGGAGGGUGUGAUUCAAGAUGCAUUUGCUCAGUGCAUCGGUGGCCUCCUGAGUGUAGUUGUGCAAGAGAUGUUGGUGGGUGUGGAGUGUGUGCACCCAGGUGUGCAACUUGCUCCAAUCAAGUCAGGCGGCUAUGCAAGUAAGGUGGCAGCUGAUGGACGGAGUGGAUCAAUCGAUGUGGGUGACCUGUAUGCUGAUGAAGAAAGGGAUUUCAUGGUAUCUGUAAACAUUCCGCCAGCCCAUGACGAGUUUGUGCUGUUGAAGGUGGGUUGUUCCUAUAGAGACCCAGUAUUGAAUGAGACUAUCAACUUGGAAGGUAAAGAACUGAGGAUUCCGAGGCCAGCAGUUGUCGUGGGCCAGAUGAUGUCAAUUGAGGUUGAUCGCGAGAGGAAUCGUGUGCAAGCUGCAGAAGCCAUGGCGGCAGCAAGGGCUGCAGCUGAGAGGGGUGCACUAGCUGAUGCAGUGUCCAUACUUGAGGAGCGGAGGAGGAUAUUAUCUAAAACCCUGGCAGGAAGAUCUAGCGACCAGUUGUGCUUGGCUUUGGAUGCAGAGCUGAAGGAGAUGCAGGACAGGAUGGCUAGCCGACAGAGGUACGAGGCUUCUGGGCGGGCUUAUAUGUUAUCAGGGCUCAGCUCGCAUUCGUGGCAAAGGGCAACGGUCCGUGGGGACUCGACGGACAGUACCAGCCUUAUUCAUGCCUAUCAGACACCAUCCAUGGUAGACAUGCUUGAGCGAUCGCAGACGUUGAGUCCAUCUCCACGACUUCUCAACCCGCCACUCCGUCCAGCAAGGUCUUUCUCAGCACAACUGCAGCUGAGGUAAUUAAGUUCGCCAUUUCUUAGACGAAGAACGAGGAAAAACAUUGUAUUAAUGUUUUUGUCUAGUAUCUUUUUCCCUCUUAUUCUGAGGUGGGGAUUGGGGUGGUGGUGAGGUUAUACAGGAGUAGGUCAAGGAAAAUGGGCUUGGGGGCAUACAAGAUGGGGAUACGACUCCUGGGUUGUAAAUGAAUAAAAUCUGGAAAGGUGGAUAGAAGGGAGGAUUGAGGUGAAAGGAGGUAUAAUGGUUUCAAGGGGAAAAGAGGUGUAGGUAUUGGCUAGGAUUUUUAUUUUCCUAAAAUUUUAAGUUUCCUUUUUUAUCUUUGGUGAUGUAUAUAAGAGAAGGCUUUCCCUUAAAUAGGGUGGUAUAAGCUUGUAAUCUUUGGGAAUAUAUGGGGGUGCAUUCUUCUCUUGGAUUUAUAUUUCUAUAGUAUUUGGCCAAUUCAUUCAUUUCAAA